GCGAACUGAAAUGUCUGUCACAGCUUCACAGUAUGCUCAAUUCAUACUAGAGAAGCAUUUCGGGCCUUCAGCUACAAUCGUCACACGUUUAAUGCGGAUCAAGGGUCCCGUGAUUCUGCUAGAAAUCCUAAGAGAUUGUUCUUUUCUCGGAGUUCCUAUUGUCGCACGUUGCCUUCGGUCAAUGUUACGACAUAUGGCGGUCAUCAUUAAGGAACAGAAUAUUAUCAGAUACGAGUUGAAUUAUCCAUGCAUUUUUUCCAUUCCAAGAUACCCAUAUUUUUGUCAACUUGUUUUGCAUUUCUAUGGGCCGAUUGCGGAGGAAAUUAUAUCGCUCAGUUUCAUCCUGGGCCGCACCACUGUUUUUGACUUGUUCAAACACUGCAUCUCUAGGCAUUCUUCCUCAAAUAGUGAAAUGGAACACCACAAAUACGUCGAUUUGCUAUGUGCCAGCUUCGAUACGCUCAUGCGAACUGGUGUUGCCCUAGUGUCAAAGCCAGGAUCUUCAACUACCACGGAAAAUAACAGAGCGGAUACUGGCACCGUUUUGUCAGGUGUCUGUGAGUGGCCGUUCUCCAAAGAGGCUUUCUCUGAGGAGGUGCACAGACUCGUUUCCGUUGGCUUCGAAAAUAUAUCGAAAAAUGCUGGCGAUGACGCACCCGAGUCGAAACGACGCCGAGUUUCGGCAGAUCUAGAUCCUUCUACCAAGGCUCCUUGGAACAUGGCGAUUAUGCCCCAUCUUCCUACUUUGGAAGCUAUGUGGCGAGAUCGUCUCAUUUUCAACCUUGCUGAAGAUCGUCUCGGAACGGCAUGCGCCGAUAUCUUGUCGCGUUUACUUUGUAUUGCGACAGCCGCCCGUCGAAAUACUGAAGUCAAUUCUCAUGAAUCUGGUGCAGUCUCUCGUAGCGAGCUGAUGCGCAGCUUGCGUGAUCAAACCAGCUACUUUGAUUCGCACAUAGCUCUGUUAAAGGAUGAUGAGGUCCCAUUCAUCGUUCAAGAGCCUGGACUUGGCGGCUACAUGUAUAAAUGUCCCUACCAAAGAGUAAUCAAGGAGCUCCUCAUCAAGCAUGCCGAGCACGUUGUGCAAGUACUUUUUCUCAGCAGUGGGCUUAGAAUUUUCCGGUUAUUGCUUUCAUCAGGCCCGCUCCAUUACGAAGAGAUCGAACGUCGCGUCUUGCUUCCCCAGAAGGAUUUCCGUCGCACGUUACCUAAGAUGAUCGCAGAAGGCUUCAUUUCCACUACGGAGCUUUCUCGAACUAAGGAGUACACUGCGGAGACCAUUUUUUGUCUUUAUUCCGUGAAUUUGCCUCGUAUUGCUCAUUUACUUGUUGAGCUAGCACAACAUACAGCUCUCCGUGUCGGUCUGCGAGGAAUUCAAGAAUUUGAUCAGAAGGAACGUCUCGUUGAGCAGCGCUACAGAGUGGAAACAUUGAUCAAAAGACACCAAUCGAAGUUAUGUGAACUGAAAGCCCAGUUAAAUGAAUUAGCUGAGGAUGAAUCGUUAACUAACCUGAUGAACCAGCAAAAGGAAAGUCUUGAUGCCCUCAAAUCAAGCGUGACUCCCGCAGAGCAGCAGCAGACGAAGUCUUUAGUGUCAAAGAUGGCCAAGUUGGUAAUCUGCGAGCACGAAGCACACACCACGUGGUUCGUUGCUGACCUGUAUCUUAGAUUGCAAGUUAACUCCGGAUAGUCAACGCACCACACAUCGUUACUCUAGGUACUUGGUGUACCCUCCAGUGUAUUCAGCUUGGUCACUUGGGAGUCCCACACAUUCAACCAGUUGUCUUUCACUGUUUUGUUCAUCUUCCGGGACUGCUUUGUUGCUUCAACAUGACUGUGUUUGGCCCUACCAGCCCGUGGACAGCCAUCGAAUCAAUUUUUCUACAAUGAUCUGCCCAAUUUAUCUACAGAUGUACAUUCCCGCAUUUUUAUGCCUACUUCUCAAGCACCAAGAUGAAAAUUCCCCUGUUUGACGCAUUUUUCACACUUAACGUCUCUGAAAGGUUUUCUAUGUUUAUAGUUGUGAGAGAAUGUUGACACAACGAGGUUCUGUUCACCCACUGAACGGUUGCAUGCGACUGUUCUCGUGAUUCCACUCAGUUUAUACUACCUACCCGGUUAUGCAUGCUCACGCACUAUAAAUAUCACCUCAGCUUUAGAUGACUCUUUCUGUGCUCCGUUUCUUACCACUUUUGUGGUACGCUUCUCAUUCCCACAUCGCUACCUCACUCCUAAUUUAAUAGGUAUGGAUCUCGUCA